UCACAGGCCACUUGGGCUGCUGCAUCCAGACUUAAGGUCAUAAAGCUGCAGGACCUGCGAACCCCUUUGCUGGGUUCCCAAGCAUAGGCUGACCUUUGGAGCCGUGUCCAGCCUGCACUGCGCCUGCUGCCUUGCCCCAGGUGUCUGCAGUAUCUUCCUUCUGCUUACCUGCCUCCCUGCAUCUCCAUCUGGGUCCUGCGAUGGAGUUCAAAAUCAGGCACACAUGGGACGGGGUUCCUGUGAUGCAUGAACCUGUGUGUGUGCACCUGCACCCCCAGACUGGAGGGGUGAUGUUGGAGGUCACGGCUCCGCUCUUCAAUGACCCCCCAGCUCCUGCUGGAGCCUCCGGGGAGCCUUUCAGUGGGCUGUGGGACUAUGAAGUUGUGGAAGCAUUCUUCCUGAAUGACAAAACUGAACAGUAUUUAGAAGUUGAACUUUGUCCCCAUGGGCAGCAUCUGGUGCUCUUACUCGCAGGAAGGAGAAACGUGUGGAAACAAGAACUUCCUCUGUCCUUUCAAGUAUCCAAAGGAGAGACCCAGUGGGAAGGCAAAGCUUAUCUGCCCUGGAGUUACUUCCCACCCAGUGUGACCAGGUUCAACUCCUUCGCCAUCCACGGGUCGGGCAGCAGAAGGAUCUAUGAGGCUCUCUACCCUGUACCUCAGCAAGAACUGCAGCCUGGACAGAUGCCUGAUUUCCACCGCCUGGAGUACUUCCAACCCCUUCAAUUUAGUGUGAUACUAGGGGACCAAUGGAAGCAACCCGAAUCGACACUGUGGCCCAAGCCUACACCCUAGGAUACAUAGAUGGCUGCCCAGUCACCUCCUCAUUGCUCCUCACUCUGCAGCUAGACAUACUGGUUCAUGACUGAUCUUUUGGGCCUCUCUGGGCCAGGCAAUAUGUGAACUGGCAAGAAAACAGAACUUGAUUGCUGAUUUUCUGAUCACUGCCUGAGGUCCUCAACCCCAAUUUCUUUAUCCAGUGAUUUGUUCCUUCGUUCUUGAACUGCUUCCAGAGUUUGGCUAUUGGAAUAAUCAUGAGAGUAAAUGUCAUUUCAAAAUAAUUGGUGAAUGUGAAAACUUUGUUCUUCGUUCUUGAGAAGUAAGAAUGGAU